ACAAUCUUCAAGGUAAAGGAAAUGGCAUUUUAUCCCCUGCAAAUUGCUGGCCUGGUUCUUGGCUUUCUUGGCAUGGUUGGCACUCUUGCUACCACCCUUCUGCCUCAAUGGAGAGUAUCAGCUUUUGUUGGCAGCAACAUUAUUGUCUUUGAAAGGAUCUGGGAAGGGCUCUGGAUGAACUGCAUUCGACAAGCCAGGGUCAGGCUUCAGUGCAAAUUCUAUAGUUCUAUUUUGGCACUCCCACCUGCCCUGGAAGCAGCACGAGCACUCAUGUGUGUGGCAGUUGCUCUCUCCUUGAUUUCCUUACUGAUUGGCAUCUGUGGCAUGAAGCAGAUCCAAUGCACAGGGGCUAAUGAGAGGACCAAAGUGUACCUUUUGGGCACAUCCGGAGUUCUCUUCAUCCUGACAGGCAUCUUCGUUCUGAUUCCAGUGUGCUGGACAGCCAAUAUCAUCAUCAGGGAUUUCUACAACCCAGCCAUCCACGCAGGUCAGAAACGAGAACUGGGAGCGGCACUUUUCUUAGGCUGGGCAAGUGCAGCUGUUCUCUUCACUGGAGGGGGUCUGCUCUGUGGUUUCUGCUGUUGCAACAAAAAGAAACAAAAGUUCAGAUAUCCAGUCCCUGGGUAUUCUGUGCCACACCCAAUUAAGCCAAGAAACUUGACAAUGCUUAAUAAGACUUCGACCAGUUAUGUUUAACACC